AUGUCUUCCUACAGCUACCUUCCUAAUUCUCUCUCUCACCCUGCUUUCGUGGAUAGAACCAAACAUAAUGGUGUCUACGAUCGUCUGUCUAGAAGUUUCAUGGACAUGGGUCCUGCUGCACUCGCGAACGCGGAUGUCAAUGAACAUUUCUUUCGCCACAACUUUGGCGAAUCGUGGUCGGCCAACUACUCCUAUCGGGACUGCAACUCUGACGAAUUCUCUGCGAAUGUAUUCGGUGAAAUUAUGGGACAGGCGUUUGGGACGUACAUCGGGGCUCAAGGAAAUCAUUACGGUGGUCCUGAUCCUGGAAAUCCCAUCCAGAUCACGGAUUCGACCAAGGUCAAGUGUACUAUUGCCCUCGGGUGUCCGACUAAGGCCCCCGCUUCAAUACAGAAUCUGUUUUAUAACCAAAUUUGUACACUAGACGCUGUGCGCGAUGCGGAUAGAGUAGAAGAAGCCCGCUCAGGAAUGCAAGUUGAUGUAAAAGAAAUUGUGAGGAGUUUACGGGCUGGCGGCGACGCUGAGGCUAUUGUUCUGACUGGUGAACCUCUGUAUACGGUUUUGAAAAAAGAUAAAGUUAGGAAGAACGGUGACAACCACAGUAAUCAGUCCCGCAACGCCAAAACGCGGCUCGUAAAACGCUCAGUAGACGGCCUUAUGAAAAUUGACGAUGUUAUUGAGCCACUGGACCUACCUGACUCUAUCGUCAGUCCUCACGUCAGGCCUACCGUUCCAAAUCAACAAGAAAUUUGCUUGGGAGCCGAGUACGAUCAUAGACUCAUGCCUGAUUUUGGGGGGCCGGUUUUUGCACUUGAUAGAGCCAAGUUGAUUCAACCUAAUUGGCGAAACAUCAACAACGAUCUCAUUCCGCCUUGGCUGAAUUAUGACUGUCUGCGUCCGGGGGUCUUGGUCGUAGCGAAUAUCGGUAUACGGGUUUUCGUUCUUACGCCUAAAACAGGAACAGGUGCGACCAAGAAGAUUUAUCACGCCACCAUAAAUAGCAUGAAAGUUAUUGCAGAAUCGCCACUCCCAAUUUCUGCUCCCACUGCCAUUAGUGGACAGGGGAAAUUGCGAGCAAAGUCGCUAAAGAGUGAGGUUAGCGCAGCCGCGUCUGCGUUGGACUCGAUCGAUUGGUCCGCUACUUAUUCUGUGGAGGGCAAUGAUGCUGAGACUAGUAAAAUCGUCACUGAGAGUGAUACUUCGGGGGCUGAUGGUAAACGAAAAAAGCUGAGGAAGUAA